AUCCAUCCACUCAAACCGAUAGGGAAGUGCGAGUAUCGUCUGGCUUUACCAACGUGGUAGUGUUUCCUGUCCCGAACGCGGCUGGUCUGCUCACCCAUACCAACUGUUACACUCGUUUCAUGGGAAUUACUGUGCCGAAAUCGGGGUUUUAUAGUUUAUUGAUCAGUUUAAAAAUACCAUAGAUAGUAACCAAUCCUGAUGCAAGUUAUUGAAAUCACCCUAAAAUGAUUUCCUUCAAGUUCUUCAUCGUUUUGUGCUACGUUUCAACAUUUCUUUUACAUUCUAUCGUCGCAAAAGAUGACAAGGACAAGGAUGAACUCACCGAGGGAGAGAACCGCAUUAAGGAGCAACUGCGAGUAAUCCUCGAACACUACCAACAGGAAGAUCCCGUCGGACUUCCCGGUGCCCCGAUUCCCGAUCCCAUGGCCGUGCCGGACAUGAAGAACUCCUUCUCGGUCUACACCAUGGAAUUGAAGAACAUUCACGUCUACGGACUAUCUAAAUUUAGGAUAGACCAUAUACACUCCGAUCUCGCCGCAAUGCAGGUGGAGGUUGCGUUGAGCAUGGAGGCUUUGGACAUCCGAGGAACUUACACGCUAUCAUCCUGGUUUGCAGGCAAUUCGGCGGGCAAUUUCACGGUGAAGUUGACGGGAGUUGAAGUCAACGGUGUCGCGCGUCUCGAGGUUGGCCAGAGCGGAAGGCUCCAGGCGCAAGACAUCGACAUGGACUUGACGUUCGUCAACAUCGACAUAGACUUCCAGAACCUCGGACUUUUGGGCUCAGUAUUCCAAAGUCUCCUCAAUUCCGUUGGCACUUUCAUAUUCGACAGUAUCAAGCCAUUCAUACUCCAGGAGGUGAACACCAACGUGAAGGGUGAGGUGAACAAGCAGAUAUCACAGCUGCCGCAGUACUUCCCCAACUCCAUAUCGCCGUUUGAUAUGGCGGUCGCAGAGGCGCGUAACCAGGUUUCGAGGAUGGGCUAUGACCCGUUCAUGCUAAAGGACCGCACCCAGAGCGUAGGGGUGUUCACGGCUACGACGUCUCACACAUGGCUUACGGGACUGGCGAGUUUUUACAGAAUGGGGAACAUCACGCUGACGAUGAAGAACGGAACGGUUUACGCGGGCAUUGACGUCGGGACCCAGGAGAUUGAGGGAAGUACGCACUGGGAGGUGAGCGUAAUCGGCGGGGUCCUGUCUAGGCUGGGAACCGUAUCAUUCACCGUUGAAUACGUCAGGGUGAAAUUGACGCUCAGUCAGCCAUUGGAUACUCGAAAAAGAGCCACCCUCGAGGAACUCGAUUUAGAACUCGGGAACAUCCAAGCCCGCGUUCACGGAGCCGGUACCAUCGACUACCUCAUGGAAGCCGGCAUCAACAUACUACCCAAUUUACUCAGGUACCAGAUAAUGGAUGCCAUCGAGGGGCCGGUAAAGCGACGGCUGCAAAAAGAGCUGGAAAACGUUGAUGUGGAGAAACUGAUCUACGAGAAGUUACCCGAGCUCGAGGAACAGGCGAAGCAACUCCGCGGUUUUCCGAUCGAGGAGGAAACUGAUCUUGGAGAGCCGCAGCAAAAGUUAACCGAUGAAGAAUUGGGACCGUAUUCAGAAAGCGAGGAGGAACGUGGCCCAUCGUAAAAGUUUUAUUCGUCUAUCGCAUCAAUGAUUCUACAGUAAUUAAUUUGUUUUUAACAAUAAUACGAGACAAAACUUAUCAAAUCAA